AUAAUUUACCAGUACGAUAAAAUUCCAUUAUAUAUCGAAAUGCAUACCCAUUUCUAUCAAAAAAAUAUAUAUUACCAGUUUGUGGAUGAAGCAUUGCUCGAUUUUUAUCUUGAAAAAUUGUUCCCAAUAAUGUAUCUGGAUAUUCUGUUAAAGUUGAAGCAUAUGUUUCAUAUUUUUUUGAUUGUUUACCUUGAUUCCUCCAACAUUUAAAAUGAUUGUACGUUCACUACUUCGUUUUAAAUUUUCACUGAUAUCAAUGUUAUUAUUUUUAGAAGACAUGAUGAAUAUGAUCCUUUUUUUGUACGUUUCUACCUUUUAUAGGAAAUUUUUUUUUUUUUUCGUUUU